AUGGUCAAUGGAUGCCUCUACAGAAAACUCCUCUACAAGGACCACGACAAAGAUCCACUCCCAUGGAAACAAAGACUAAAGAUUUGUGUUGAAGUGGCGAGUGUACUACACUACCUUCACACUGGGGUAAAGCAUACUAUCAUCCACCAUGACGUGAAGCUAGACAACAUUCUGUUGGACGAGAAAUGGGAGGCCAAGUUGUCAGAUUUCAUGUCCUCAAAAAUGUGUCCCCCGAAUUUGUCAACAGUUCGUUUUGUAUACAGGGGGGAAGAUACAACUUCUUUGAUUCACGGUACUAUGGUACAACACUUGGAUGCCGAGUUCCUUGUGAGUGGGGUGCUGACUGAAAAAUCUGACGUCUACUCUUUUGGUGUGGUACUUCUGCAACUACUCUGUUGCAGAAAAGCAUCCUAUGUGGUUGAUUGGGCCAGAAAGCGCAUACAAGAAGGAAACAUUAAUGAGAUGAUUGAUCCGUAUCUGAUAGGGAAGAUAGCUCCAGAGUGUUUGAAGAUAUACUCGGACAUUGCCACUUCUUGUAUUUGA